AUGUGCUCUUUAUCCGUUUCUUUCAGAGGUUUACUCCUUCCCUCAGCAACGAUGGGUUCGGUGAUGUUGGACUGGAGGUUAUCAUGUCUUCUCCUGCAGGCGGCUGUUUUGCUGCUGCUCGGCAAGGGGGAGAGAGUGUGCCCUGCAAGUUGUCGCUGCGAAGGAAAGAUUGUUUAUUGCGAGUCUGGCAUCUUCCAAGACAUCCCAGAAAACAUCACUACAGGAUGCCAGGGUCUGUCCCUGCGUUAUAACAACCUGCUGGUUCUGUUGCCCUACCAGUUUGCUCAUCUCAAUCAGCUUAUCUGGCUUUACUUGGACCACAACUCCAUCGAUGCGAUAGAUGCUUUAGCCUUCCAUGGUGUCCGCAGGCUCAAGGAACUGAUCCUCAGCUCCAACAAAAUAACCCAUCUGCAUAAUAACACAUUCAGCGCCAUACCAAACCUGCGAAAUCUGGACUUAUCCUACAAUCAGCUGCAGUCUCUGCAACCAGGACAUUUUUAUGGUCUGCGCAAGCUACAAAAUCUCCACCUUCGAUCUAAUGGACUGAAACAGAUCCUCAUUCGCACGUUUCUGGAAUGCCGGAGUCUGGAGUUUCUAGACUUGGGUUAUAAUCGCUUGCGGAGCCUCACCCGUACAACGUUCUUAGGCCUGUUCAAGUUGAAAGAGCUUCAUUUAGAGCACAAUCAAUUUUCCAGGAUUAAUUUCUUUAUUUUCCCACGCCUUACCAACCUCCAAGCUCUUUAUUUGCAAUGGAACCGCAUACGAUCCAUCAGUCAAGGUGUGCCUUGGACAUGGCACAAACUACAGAAACUGGACCUGUCAGGGAAUGAUAUCCAAAUCUUGGACCCAGCUGUAUUCCAGUGUAUGCCAAACUUACAAAUACUCAACCUUGAAUCAAACAAGCUGAGUAGCGUGCCUGUGGAAGCUGUUGCAGCGUGGACCUCCCUGACCACCAUCAGCCUGGCUGGUAACGCCUGGGACUGCAGCCCCAGCAUCUGCCCUCUUAUGGCGUGGCUCAAAACCUUCAGAGACUCCAAAGACAUUAGCAUGAUAUGCAGCAGUCCUAAGUCUGUGCAGGGAGAAAAAGUCGUGGACGUAGUGAGAAACCACUCAACAUGUGUGGACAUGUCAAAUGUGUUCACAACCACAGCUGUCAUCAUUCUGACUUCAGGCCAAGAUGUGAACACCACAGCUCGCCCCUUUCCCUCUGGUGUUACAGACCUGACUCGUAGUGAGUCCCCUGCACAGAGAUUAACGCCUCCACCUGUCCGUCCUAGCGGGACAGACAGAAAGACAACAGAGUUUACAACCAUGAGCUCUACAUCACCCAUCUCCCCUGAACCCCCCACAUCAUUUAUCCCCGAGCUACAGUUUGAACAUAUGGCGUUCCAUAAAAUCAUUGCAGGCAGCGUAGCCCUGUUCCUGUCAGUGUCAUUGAUCCUUCUGGUUAUUUAUGUCUCAUGGAGGCGCUACCCCAACACCGUGAGGCAGCUGCAGCAGCACUCAGUCAACCACAAGCGCAGGAAAAAGGCCCGCAAGCAGGAGCAGGAUCUUAACUCUCAGUUGCAAGAGUACUAUCUGAGUUACCAUUCAAACUCAGAGACUAUGGACUCUUUGGUGAAUGAGCCAAGGCCGUGCACAUGCACCAUAUCAGGAUCCAUAGAAUGUGAGGUCUGA